CUUUACAUUUUUUCUUUUUCUGGGAAUUGUUUAGUUUUCAUUUCUUGCUUUAAAUUUCAGGGAAACCCCCGAUUCUUGAAUCUUGAUUCUUGAUUUUUCGGGGGUUCUUUCUAUUGUCAUUUUUUUUGUCAUUUUUCGUUGACUAGUUCUUUUUUGGACGUUGGAAUUCUUUCGUUGUUAAGAGUUCCCACGUUGGAGGCGAGUUCUUGGUUUGGUGAUUGUUACAUGCUUUUUGUUCGUUGAUAUUUUCUUUUUUUUUUUUUUUUUUUCACCAUAUUGAAUUUCUCUAUCGAGGCCAUUGUAUUGAUUCCAUUUUUGCCUCUGGAAAACCCUUUCUCAUCUGUGGAAAACUUGGCUAAGAUGCCUUUUUCUGUGUUCUGCAAUGGCGUAAGUAACAUUUUCAGAAAUGAUGAAUUGGGGCUAGAAAUAGCAGAAAUUGCAGUUCCCGCAGCACUUGCAUUAGCAGCAGAUCCUAUUGCUUCUCUGAUUGACACAGCAUUCAUUGGCCAUAUAGGACCUGUGGAGCUUGCCGCUGUAGGAGUUUCAAUUGCUAUCUUCAAUCAAGUGUCAAAGAUUGCAAUAUUUCCGCUUGUCAGUGUUACAACUUCUCUUGUUGCCAAGGAAGAUACUACUGGAAUAUUGAGUACUGAAGUGCAUGAAACUGAAAAACUUGAAGAUGGUGUUGCUGUCAAUAAGGAAAUGGAAGAGCUGCUACCUAAAGCUGAGUCCACACACAAACCAUCCUCUGUAAGCAGUGUUUGCACAAAAAGUGAUUAUGAGAGAAAGCAUAUACCAUCUGCUUCUUCAGCAUUGGUUGUUGGUUGUGUUCUUGGCCUCCUUCAGGCUUUCUUCCUCAUUUUUGGUGCUAAACCAAUCCUGAACUACAUGGGUGUACAUUCAGAUUCACCUAUGUUAAUACCGGCACAACAAUACUUAACAUUAAGGUCACUGAGUGCUCCUGCUGUUCUUCUUUCUUUGGCUAUGCAAGGGGUUUUUCGAGGAAUUAAGGAUACAAAAACUCCCCUGUUUGCUACUCUUGCGGGAGAUAUAGCAAAUAUUGUCUUAGACCCAAUAUUUAUAUUCUUAUUCCGGCUGGGAGUAAGUGGUGCAGCCAUUGCUCAUGUUAUUUCUCAGUACUUAAUAUCCCUGAUACUGUUGUGGAAGUUAAUUGAACAUGUUGAUCUAUUGCCUCCAAGCAUUAAAGAUCUACAAUUUAGUCAAUUCCUCAAAAAUGGAUUUAUGCUGUUGCUGAGGGUAAUAGCUGCGACAUGUUGUGUCACCUUGGCUGCAUCAUUGGCUGCGAGACAUGGAUCUACUUCAAUGGCUGCAUUUCAGGUUUGCUUGCAAAUCUGGUUAGCAACUUCUUUGCUUGCAGAUGGGCUGGCCGUGGCUGGACAGGCAAUCCUUGCCACUGCAUUUGCAAACAAGGAUUAUGACAAAGCGAAAGCCACUACUUCUCGUGUAUUGCAGUUUGGUUUGGUUCUAGGGCUACUGCUAUCUGUCAUCCUUUCAGUUGGAUUACCAUUUGCUUCAGGACUAUUUACAGAAGACAUAAAUGUUUUGCGCAUUAUUAGCAUUGGCAUCCCCUUUGUUACAGCAACUCAACCCAUUAAUGUUUUAGCCUUCGUUUUCGAUGGAGUCAACUAUGGAGCAUCUGAUUUUGCAUACUCCGCAUACUCAAUGAUUUUGGUGGCAAUAAUAAGCAUCCUAUGCUUAUUUACAUUAUCCUCUAGUCAUGGCUUUGUUGGCAUCUGGAUUGCAUUGACUAUUUUCAUGAGUUUACGUGCAUUCACUGGUGUUUUGAGAGUAGGAACUGGAACGGGACCAUGGAACUUUCUCAGGAGCUGACUUUCUUCUCCAUUUGAUCAAAUCAACAUUAUAGCCUUGAUGAUGGAAAUACAUGUGUAUGCAUUUCAAUAUAGUCCUCCAAAAUGUAGAUUUCAAAUUGUAAACUGUUUCUAGUAGUCUUAUGAAUAGGCAUUAGAGAAGAAGCAAUGCUGGGAAAUUGGUGUAGAAUUGUUUAGCAUUUAUUAUAUUUUAUUGUACAACUAACUUUGGGCAAUGACAUAAAUUCUAUGGUCAAUUUUAGUUUACUCUUUUGAUGUAA